UUCCAUCGAAAAAAGGGUUUUUCCUUUGGAUAUGGGAAAAUGACAAAUGGUAGUAAGUGUUAUUAAAGUACGCAUGUGUGAACUGACCUCCACAUCCAUAGCAGCUUUUGACAUUGUUGAGUAGCACAACCAAGAGGUGACAUGCCGGAAUUCCAACCAGCAUUAGAUAAAGGGUGUAGGUUGGUUGGACUAGUCAAAUGAAAAUUGUGAGCAGAUGGCAAGUUUAUUGUACUGAAAUUCCCCACGUUAGGUGGCAUUUGAUUUUGGACGUUGUAAGAAGUGUUAGGUUGUGAUGUUGCUAAGUUAGUGUUAGCAGGUGGCAAGUUUGUGGGAUUGAAACUUCCCACGUAUGGUGGCACUUGAUGCGAUGUUACUACGUUAAAGUUUGCACUGCUAUAGACAUUGCUGAUUCUUGUGUCACUACCAACAGUAUGAGAAGCUGGUAGCUGGGGUUCUGGCAGGGUAUUAUUUGAAUGGGAUGCUCCGUUUCUUUUUUUAGUAAUUCUCGACUCCCUCUAUAAAAUUUGCAUAUGAAAGUGCCCAGUGCAUUGUGGUUAGAGUGGUAUCAAAUCUGGACAAAAUGGUGGAAAAUUUCCCGCGAAGUCUUCCAUUGGAUCAAUUGGAUUCCUUUACGGCUCUCUCUUCUGAACCUAGCUCUUCUGAGAGCUCUAGUACGAUUCUGCUAGAGCCGAAUGAGCCACCACAGAGUUUAUAUGUUUCUGAUUUAGRAAUUCAAAACCUUGGGAAUAAUUUAACCUCCACUAGAGAGCCGCUUCUAGAGAUAAACGACAACAAUACAAGUCUUGAUUGUGGUACAACUAUUGAGUGGGGUAAAAGUCUCAAAAAUAUGCCACCAUUUGGAGAGAAACAACUUGACAAUCGCCUUAUUUACAAUGCAAAGACAAUGCCUGAUGUAAAAGCGCCCUUAGCGUACAGACAUAAAAUACAAGGUUAUAAACUCUGGAAGGAAGGGUAUGUUAAAAAGGUUUUUUCUAAACCUGACAUUCUCUGUGGGGUUAAACGGCUUUUUAUGGUUAAAGCUAAUGUUUCUGCGUCAAUGAAACAACAGAACUAUUUAGUUUACUGUCAUCUGGAACAGUUAUCCGGUGAAGUAGUUUUCAGUAAAUGCAAGUGCAAAUGUGGUGAAGGUGGUGUCUGUAAACAUGUCGCCGCUCUGUUGUAUCAAUUACUCGACUACAAAAAUCUCGAACUAAAAGAGAUCCCAGAUGAUGUGACUUGUACCCAAGUGCUCCAGCAAUGGAGUAUUCCGUCCAGCUCUGGUACUACAAAAGCGGUCAAGUUUGAAGAACUAACUUUUGAGAAAGCUGAUUACACCAGAGAUAAAGAAAACAAAAGGAAGCGUCCACUGGUUCAAGGAAAACGAGAUAAUUAUUGUGCUACUCCACCAUACGCAAAAAAGGUUCAAACCGAUGAAAUAAAAGCAUUAUAUACAUCUCUGNCAAAUAUUUCACCUGACACAUUACAAAAAAUUGAGAACAAAGUUGGUGUUAGCAAAGACGAGGCUGUGGCCAUUGAGGUCUCAACUAGAUGUCAACGACAAAGUAAAGAUUGGUUUAAGGAGAGACAAAAAAGGUUGACAUCAUCAUUAUUUGGAAGGGUGAUCAAUCGAAGGGAGAAUAUUGCUCCUGUAUCAAUUAUAACAAGCAUAAAGAAAACAAGUUCUUCAUUGUCUAGACUGACCCCUUCAUUGAAGUGGGGAAUUGAUAAUGAACAUGUUGCUCUUGAAAUGUAUACGUCCAAGAGUGGGGAGGAAGUAGCUGAUUGUGGAUUGAUCAUCAACCCUUCCUGGCCCUGGCUUGCAUGUAGUCCAGAUGGCAUUGUUUACAGGGAAACAAAUCCAGUUGGAGCCAUCGAGAUUAAAUGCCCAUACUCAAAAAAAGAAAUGACAAUUGAAGAAUGCUGCAAAGAUUCAUCUUUUUACUUGAAGAAAAAUUCAAGUGGAGUUAUUGCACUAAAACAGUCACAUGUGUACUAUUAUCAGUGUCAAGGUGUUCUCAACAUCACAGGUUUGAAUUGGAUUGACUUUAUUGUAUACACAACAGAAGAUUUUUUUAUUCAGCGAAUACACAGAGAUAUGGAGUUGUGGAAAUCAAAAAUGCUCCCUAAGCUAACAUUUUUUUAUUCUCAGUACCUGUUGGAUUAG